CUGUACUUAUCACUGCGGUAUCCGGCCAUCCGUCCCAAUUGGUCUCGAUACUCCACAAUCGCUUGAACUCCUCGAAUGAAUGAUCAUUAAAUAUGUUGCUUCUUUUGUUUUUAUUUGGGACUGUGUUAAGUGCCAGUGUUAGUGAAGAUGAUUAUAAGUCCAAGUUACUGGAUCCAACAUGGCAAGAGGUUCUCGAGGAAGGUGGCUUGCACAUCGGCGGUGGACGGUCCAAACGCUUUAUCGCUAUAAACGACAAUCAGGUUAACAUGGCUUACCAAGGCUGCGUGCUGCCUAACGGCAAGACGGGUCACUGCCGACCCCUGCGUCACUGCAUCCAGGAGGAGUUCCGAAAUGACUUCAUAAAGUUCAUGGACUACGUCUGCAUUAUCAACCAAAAUACCGUAGGAGCGUGUUGCCCAGAUGAUAUGACUCGCGGCGGCGCUGAAGGGUUGGCGGGAGACCUGCCUGCCACAGCACCCAGGGAGGAACAGAAUGAAGCCCUUAUUAAAGUCACUAGAGCCGAGACCAGAGGUUGUGGCCUUAGCACUCGUCAGCAAGGCCGCGUGCUAGGCGCCCGGCAGGCCAACCCUCGGGAGUGGCCGUGGAUGGCCUCCAUCACCCCUGAAGGCUUCGAGCAGUACUGCGGCGGAGUACUCAUCACUGAUAGACAUGUCAUGACUGCUGCUCAUUGCACUAGGAGAUGGAAAGCAGAAGAGCUAUUCGUCCGUCUUGGCGAGUACGACUUCAAACGCAACAACGACUCUCGCACCUACAACUUCAGAGUCUCAGAGAUCAGACAGCACGAAGCCUUCGAGAUCUCCAACUAUAAGAACGACAUCGCCAUCUUGAAGUUAGACCGACCAGCCGUAUUCAAUACUUAUGUGUGGCCGAUAUGUCUUCCGCCAAUGAAUUUGGAGCUGACUGGUGAACCGGCUAUCGUUAUUGGUUGGGGCACACAAUGGUACGGAGGUCCUCACAGCAACGUGCUGAUGGAGGUCACAGUCCCGGUGUGGGACCACGACGAGUGUGUGGCCGCCUUCGCAGACAGUAUCUUCAAUGAAACCCUCUGCGCUGGAGGACGAGAAGGUGGAAAGGACGCUUGUCAGGGUGACAGUGGUGGUCCCCUGAUGUACCAGAUGCCCAGCGGGCGCUGGACUGCCGUCGGCGUGGUCUCCUGGGGCCUACGUUGCGGAGAGCCCAACCACCCUGGGUUGUACGCACGUGUCGACAAAUACCUAGGAUGGAUUGCACAGAAUGCGCGCUUCUAGGAAGAAGAAAAUAUCUGUUCUAAAAUUAUUUGAAAUAAAAGUUAAUAUGAA